ACUCACUACAGUGAUGGAGAGUACAUUAUUAGACAAGGUGCCAGAGGGGACACGUUCUUUAUCAUUAGCAAAGGAAAGGUGAAUGUGACUCGAGAAGAUGCACCCAAUGGGACUCCUGUCUAUCUGCGUGCAUUAGGAAAAGGAGACUGGUUUGGAGAAAAAGCUCUUCAAGGAGAAGACAUCAGGACGGCUAAUGUCAUCGCUGCUGAAGCAGUUACCUGCCUCGUCAUCGACAGAGAAUCCUUCAAACACUUGAUUGGAGGUCUUGACGACGUCUCAAACAAAGGCUAUGAUGAUGCUGGCGCCAAAGCAAAGUAAGUCCAACACUCGACAUCUUUUGAUGAUAUUAUCAGACUGUAUGGAGCCAUAUACAUGAAACUGAUUCUUUGUGAUUCAGUCAAGGAUGGUGCAUUCAUAAAAUCAAGCUUGUACAGUGUUUCAUUCCCCCUCCCCCUUAUUUUCUACACUCUAAAACCUACAACAACAAAGUAUAGAGAAUCAAGACACAAAGUAAACCCUCUGCCUUCAUUAAUAACACUUUUGUCUGCUCUGUGAAUUCAUCUCUCCUGUAAUAAGUUCAGCCUGAAUGAUGAAAGUCCACAGGCAGAAAUUAAUUGGUCUUUGUCUAUUUUUUAUUUGAUUUGCAUGUCUGGUCAUGACUUCGACCUCCUUGUGGCUAUAAUUAUCUCAGCUAGACAGGUUUUCAGGAAUGAAGAACAAAAUAUGAACAAAUGCGUUAUAGUUCUCACCAUAUCUAGAGACACGUCCAGAUUGCACAAACUGUCUACCCAUGAUGGAUUUCAAAAUAACACAGAUUAUUAUUAGAAACGAUGCUAUCAAAAGUGCAAAAUGUAGGGCUAAGUCAGCUGAGAACUUAUAGUGCUGUGUUUCGAAACAGAAAAUGAAAAUACUCUGAAGCAGCAGCUAAUUUAGUCGUUUCUACAACUUAAAUAAUUCCCAACUUCCUGCGGCGUGAACAU